UAAUAUUGCAGCUACAGCAAAAGCCAAAAUGUUUCCGUUGACCAAGUUACUAGCUCGGACCGGCAGACAGAUAUUUAUAUUUACCAGGAGUGUAAGGCACCAUUCGUCUMUAACAGCUGAACUGAUUGAAAACAUGGAUAAGAAAUCAACCUGGGACCGGUUCUACACAGAGACCAGCACCGGGACCCCCACCUUUAAGAACUUUGAGUGGUUUUUCGGAUUCAGUUCUGUGCAAGACUUCAUUAUGCCCCUCUUGCAGACUGGCUCCCAUCCAGACACUCUGCUCCACAUCUUAGAUAUGGGCUGCGGAACCUCUGCCUUGGGCCCGUCCAUUUACAGAGAGUCUGCAGUCCCAGUMCGGGUCACGUGCGCGGACAUUUCCCCUGUAGCUGUGCGGCUCAUGCAGGACCACGCUAAAGUCAAAGCCGUCAGACCUCGCAGUCCUUCUUCUCAGAUCCAGUUUGUAGAGUUGGACUGCACACAGCUGGACAAGCAUUAUAGUUCUAACAGUCUGGACCUCAUUGUUGACAAGGGUACCACUGAUGCCUUGUUGAGGUCCAAGGAGGAGGAGGGGAAGGCCGCCCUGGUGCUGAAGCAGUGUUUGAGGGCACUGCGGAGCUCGGGGUCCCUGCUCCAGUUCUCAGACGAGGAUCCUGAUGUCAGACUUGUGUGGCUGGAGACUGCUGUGCAGGAGCAGGGGGGCGGAGCAGCCGAUGUUGGGGUGCAGGAGGUGGGGGUUCUAAGAGGGGUGUGUUACUACUGCUACUAUGUGACUCCCAAACAUGUAAAACAAUAAUAUAUUUCAAGUCAGCUAAAUAAUAAACCAAAUGAGUGUGUGCGAGACAGAAGUGUAUAUUUACUUAUUUUCAGACUGAUAAGUUUGUCUUUUAUAACAUAUGAGUACAUUGA